AUGGGCCAGCACUAAACUCCUCUUUCUUCUCCUUCUUCUUUGUCUCUUUCCUCUACACGUUUUCAGUUUCUAUCUAAAGAGCACAAACCAAAGAAACAAGUCAUAUAUACUCUUAAAUUGUUCUUACUGUGAUGUGGGCAUUGUUCAUUUGGGUUUCUCUGCUUCUCAUAACCAUCACACAUUGGGUUUAUAGCUGGAGAAACCCCAAAUGUAGAGGGAAGCUUCCACCAGGUUCAAUGGGCUUCCCACUACUCGGCGAGACUAUCCAGUUCUUCAAGCCAAACCCAACUUCAGACAUCCCUCCUUUUAUCAAACAAAGGGUUAAGAAGCAUGGACCAAUUUUCAAGACCAAUCUAGUGGGGAGACCAGUGAUUGUAUCAACAGAUCCUGAUCUGAGCUUCUUUGUGUUUCAACAAGAGGGGAGGUGUUUCCAGAGUUGGUAUCCAGACACUUUUACCAAUAUCUUUGGGAAAAAGAAUGUGGGUUCAUUACAUGGGUUUAUGUACAAGUACCUUAAAAGCAUGGUCUUGACUCUAUUUGGCUAUGAUGGUCUCAAGAAGAUGCUUCCUCAAGUAGAGCUGACUGCAAAUAAGAGAUUAGAGCUUUGGUCAAAUCAAGAAUCAGUAGAGCUUAAAGAUGCAACCGCAAGCAUGAUUUUUGAUCUCACCGCAAAGAAGUUGAUCAGCCAUGAUCCAGACAAGUCAUCAGAGAAUCUAAGGGCAAACUUUGUUGCUUUUAUUCGAGGACUGAUCUCCUUCCCUUUUAACAUCCCAGGCACAGCUUAUCACAAAUGUCUUAAGGGUAGGGAGAAUGCAAUGAAAAUGCUGAGGAAUAUGCUACAAGAAAGGCGUAAGAAACCGAGGAAGAACCCAAGUGACUUCUUUGAUUAUGUCAUUGAAGAGAUUCAGAAAGAGGGUACAAUUCUGACAGAGGAGAUUGCACUUGACUUGAUGUUUGUCUUGCUAUUCGCUAGCUUUGAAACAACUUCUCUCGCUUUAACUUUAGCCAUCAAGUUUCUUUCAGAUGACCCUGAAGUUCUAAAGCGUUUAACGGAAGAACAUGAGACUAUUCUGAGAAACCGGGAAGAUGCAGAGUCUGGACUUACAUGGGAAGAAUACAAGUCAAUGACUUACACAUUUCAGUUCAUAAACGAAACAGCAAGACUAGCAAAUAUAGUUCCUGCAAUCUUCAGAAAGGCCUUGAUUGAUAUAAAAUAUAAAGAUUAUACAAUUCCAGCCGGCUGGGCGGUGAUGGUCUGUCCUCCAGCUGUACAUUUGAAUCCAGACAAGUAUGAAGAUCCUUUAGUCUUUAACCCAUCAAGAUGGGAGGAAUCAAAGUCUAACAAUGCAUCUAAGCACUUCAUGGCGUUUGGUGGUGGAAUGAGGUUUUGUGUUGGAACUGACUUCACCAAGUUGCAAAUGGCUGUAUUUCUUCACAGCCUGGUUACAAAAUACAGGUGGGAGGAGAUAAAAGGAGGGAAUAUACUACGAACUCCAGGAUUACAGUUUCCAAACGGUUACCAUGUCAAACUCCAUAAGAAAGUAGCCUAGAGAAUGUUAUAAGUAAAACAUAUAUAAGUUGGUAGGAUAAGCUUUUAUACAUUUUUCUUAAGAUCACAUUCAUCUUUAACACCCUAAGUUAAAGGGUGGAAGAUGUUGGGGUCUUGCCUUGAAUCCAUUUGUCUUAAUUAGCUGCAAGGUGAAUACACAAUUUUGAUUUGAAGCAGUAGUUUCUUCUGUG